AUGGCAGUCCUAGCAUUUUUACCAUCAUCUCUAUCUACGGGACAGCGAGUUGGCGUCCUCGGAGCUGCCUCAAUUGUAUGCUAUGUGCUAUACUGUUUGGUCGCAGGGGUGUAUCAUCUCUACUUCUCGCCAGUUCGCAAGUUCCCCGGCCCAAAACUCUGGGUUGUUUUCCCCAUUCUUCGCUGGACAGCACUUUUGCAAGGUACCCUUGAGCGACAUCUGCUCGACUUCCAUAUCAAAUACGGAAACGUGGUCAGAAUCGGUCCCAGUGAGCUCAGCUUCAAUGAUGCUCAGGCCUGGCAAGACAUUUAUGGCUUCGGCCACCCCGAGCUUCCCAAAGCCGUCGCCUUCCACGAGCCGGACGGGAAGCCUGACCACCUCAUCCACGCCAACUCCGCCGACCACACCAGAUACCGGAAGAUCAUGGCAGGGGGUUUCUCCGAAAAGGCGAUACGCAAGCAGGAACCGUUGAUCAAAGUGUACGUCGACUCUCUGAUGGAGCAACUACGCAUCUUGGGACGCCAGGGAGACCGAGUCGAUUUGGCCAAAUGGCUCCAUCUCGUCACGUUCGAUCUCAUUGGCGACUUGUCCUUUGGGGAACCAUUUGGCGGCGUGUCGAGCGCACAGGAGCACGAUUACAUUCGGACCAUGUUCCUGUUCGUCAAGGCUGGUGCCUACCUGAGCUUCUUCUACAACUACCCCAUUCUAGGGAAGCUCGCGUCUUUCCUCACGCCCAAGUCCCUCGCGGAGGCGCAUUCCCGCCAGUGGCAGUUCUCGGAACAGGUCACCAUGAGACGGAUCCGUAACAAGGGGCAGCAGGGACGUGGAGAUUUCAUGGACAGCAUGGUCGAAAGCCGCGGGACCCCCAACGGGAUGAGCGACCAGGAGAUUCUCGUCAAUGCCAGUGUCUUGAUCAGUGCUGGCGCCGAGACCUCUGCCACCACUCUGUCGGGAACCCUGUACUACCUGCUGCGACAUCCUGACAAGCUAGCCCACGCUCAGCAUGAAGUGAGGUCUGUAUUUUCAGAUGAAAGCGAGAUUACCUUUAUCACCUCAUCCUCAAAGCUUCCGUACAUGGUCGCCUGUAUCACCGAGGCUAUGCGUAUUUAUCCACCCUUGCCAUCGACCUUGCCACGCUUUACACCGCCGGGAGCCCCGACGAUGAUCUCGGGACACGUAGUCCCUCCGAAUGUAAUUGUGGGGGUGAACCAACUCGCCGCUUACUGGGACCCGAGAAACUUCUAUGCUGCCGACAAAUACCUCCCAGAAAGAUGGCUGCGUGACCACUACUCCCAGGCCAACUCGCCAUUUCACUAUGACAAGAGGGACGCCCUGCAGCCGUUCAGCGUCGGGCCCAGAAAUUGCAUCGGCCGCAACCUGGCGUACGCCGAGACCCGAACCAUCAUGGCCAGGCUGCUGUAUAACUUUGACUUUGAGCUGUGUGAGGAGAGCAGGGACUGGGCGGAUCAGAAGAUUGUGUUUUGGUGGGACAAGAAGCCGAUGCUGUGCGUGAUUCGCAAUAGAGAUUCACAGGAAUUGUGGAAACGGGAAGCUUGA